AUGGCGAGGUGCUGGUCAGCGAUACCCAGUGCAAUGCUGUCCGGACUCAUUGUCUCACUUGCAUUCUCUUUCGCAAUUCUAGGAUACUUCGGGAAGAAAUAUCGACAGACUCUGCCCCUUCCCCCUGGACCUAAGAGGUACCCAAUCAUCGGAAAUUGGGACGUUCCAACCAGAGACCAAUGGAUUGUAUACAACAGACUCGCGAAGGAACAUAACUCUGAUAUCAUUUAUCUCCGCCCAUUUGGCACUUCGGUUAUCGUCUUGAACUCAUUUGCGGUCACCACCGACCUCUUAGAACGCCGUUCCUACCUUUCCUCUAGUAGGCCAAAAGCCACAAUGUUAACUGAAGUCAUGGGCUGGAAGUCCAUGUUUGGGGUUCAACCAUAUGGUCAAGAGUGGCGGGAUCGUCGGAGGGUGUUUUGGCAAGAGUUUCAUCCAGAACAUGGCAGAAGGCAUCAUCGCCCGGUUCAACACCACUACUCACGGGAACUCGUUCAACGUCUUCAUCAUUCACCAUUCGAAUUCCAGGCACAUAUCCGCCACACAAUCGGUGCAUCCGUUCUCACAAGUGUCUAUGGUCUCGAUGUUCAAGGCAAGGACGACUAUUAUAUUACACUGGCCGAUAAGGCUCUGAAGUAUCUCGACGUUUCGUUCGUGGGGAAUUACUUGGUCGAUAUCUUCCCCAUUCUCAAGCAUGUACCCCGGUGGAUGCCAGGUGCAAGCUUCCAGACUACCGGAGAAAAUGCAAUACGCGCUUUAAACCUGUUGAUUGAAGUCCCGUAUUCUGAGACAUGCAAAUUACUCGUGAGCGCAGAAGGUCGUGGAGAGUCAACUUUCGUCCGUCGGGCAUUAAGUCGCGGAGUGAUACCAGGCGGAAGACAGGGAGAAAACGUCAUAAAAGAGGCAGCCGCCAUGGCUUAUAUUGGUGCCAAUGAAAGCACCCAAUUCCCUAUGACAAUCUUCUUCGCCAUCAUGGCGCACAAUCCUGACGUGCAAGUGAAAGCGCAAGAAGAGCUUGAUCAGUAUCUCGAUCAUCGUCUUCCCGCUUUUGACGACCAGCCUCAUCUCCCAUAUAUAUAUAUGCACUCAGGUCUCGCACACGGUCUUGUCUCCGACGAUGAGUUCAGAGGGUAUUACCUUCCUAAAGGGUCCAUCGUUUUCUACAACGUUUGGGCAAUGCUCCGCGAUGAAAUACUAUUCCCUGAACCCGAUAAAUUUAACCCUUCGCGCUUCUUGAAGGAUGGCUUGAUUGACACCCAACUAAAGGACCGUGUCAUGAGUUCGUUCGGCUUCGGGAGAAGGCACGUAGUAUCCAUUCUAUGUUUAUAUCAACCUCACGUCAGGAAGUAUCUUAGGAUCUGCCCGGGUCGGUAUUUCGCUAUGGACACCCUUUGGUUAAGUAUGGCAUCCAUACUCUCGGUCUAUACGAUCGGAAAACCGGUUGAUGAAAGCGGACGGAAAGUUGAUAUCGCCCUCAAAUAUAAGGCUGGUCUCAAUCGGCACGUACUCCCGUUCGAAUGCUCGAUCAAGCCUCGUUCUCGCGAAGCUGAGGAACUCAUUCUUGAUUUGUCUCGGCUUUGA